UAAACGCACUAUUAGCUUUUGCUUUUGUUGUUAAAUUAAGAAAUAUAUGAUCAGAGAUUACGGCGAGAGGUCACGUGCGUCUAUAAAAGCGAGUGAACAGCUGAUUGUGACGUCACUCUCCAACAUGGCGGACUGGAACAGAGGUCAUGACUCUGUGGAUGAUAUGCUCGAUGCUGAAAACAAGCGACUGGCUGAAAAUCUGGCCACCAAAGUCUCCAGACUGAAAUCUCUGGCGUAUGACAUCGACAGGGAAGCUGAUGAUCAGAAUGACUAUCUGGACAACAUGGACUCAAACUUCCUGAGUGCGACAGGCCUGCUGAGCGGCAGCGUGAAGCGUUUCUCCACCAUGGUCCGAUCCAGCAGAGACAAUCGCCGCAUCCUUUGCUACGUCUCUAUGGGCCUGGUGGUGGUUUUCUUCGUGCUCUACUACCUGAUUUCAAGGAUUCAGCGCUGAUGUGACCACCAGCUCAGACUCUGGAAUCCCCUGUGAUUUUCCUACAACAGACAGAACUUUUUUUGCUGUGAGAAAGUGAGGGGGCAACUUGCAGAAACCAUUUUUGAUGAAUUGUUGAACUGACUCUCAAGGCAGUCACAUGAACAAUAUUUGAGUAUUUAAAAAAAACAAAGAGAAGGAUGUGUCUUGUGGACUGAAGGAUUUUGUGCUUGACACUUGUGCUUGCCAUCCAGGAAGUCCUAAUAUGGGCAAAGAGAGGGUGGAGCCUGAAUGCAGAUACCUAAAUAGAGCAUGAUAUGUAGAUAAACCUGUCCUGGCCAGUGUAUGUUGAUUAUAAAGUAGCUAUUUAUAUAUUUAUAUAUAUAUAUAUAUAUAUAUAUAUAUAUAUAUAUAUAUAUAUAUAUAUAUAAGAUAACAUCUAAAUAAUAUGACUGUUUCACAAUGACAAUACAUUUUAAUUUUGGUAAUGAGAAGGCCACAGAAAGGUCAACAAACAUUGGUAUUUUUUUACGGUGUGAUUUAAAGGUCAAACUGGUUUGACGUUGGCACAUUGUUUUAUUGUUUCCCCUAAAUUAUGUUGCAGAUUUGUUUUAAGGAUGUUUGUCACAGUAAAAAGGUAGCACUGUCUGCUUAUCUGUUUGUAGUGUGGGACUGGGACAAAGUAGACAAUGGUUUGGCACGUGGCAGCAGUUGAUAAGGGGGGCAGUGUGAAACAAUCAGACAUGUUAAGUGGUUGGGGUCUAUCCUGCUCAUGGGUCACAGGGGCAUUUAUUUUUAAUAAUAUGUAUUAAUAUAUAUUUUACUCAUUGAUUUUUUGACAAAGACAGAGGGAAAUUUAAAAGGAUCAAUAGAAAAGCAUAACAUUCCUGAUACUGAUCAGCCCUAACACACUUUUAUUAUUAUCAUCAUCAUUACAUAAUGUAAUAAAGGGUUUAUUUUUGUGGAA